UGAGUGAGAGAGAGAGAGAGAGAGUGAGAGAGAGAGAGAGGGGGCGGGGGUGCAUGGACCUCACUGCCUAUGGGACCUACAGGCACCCCGAUAGGGUUUUUGUUUAUUUUAGAACAAAAGAAAAAAGGGGAUUAUAUUAGAAUAAAAGGCCCGGUGUGUGUGCGGGAGUGUGACGCGUCUCUCCGACACUUUGUCAGCCGCUGCAUCGGGAAAACGGUGAUUGAAAAGCGGCGUGGCUUUGAACUCGAGUCCGGGGAUUUCACUGCGCCCCGGGCCUCCAGAUAUCUUGUUAUAAAAUCAAAACAUGGGGAUAAAAUGGACAAAAGGACUUUGUCAAACUUAAAGUUUGGAGCAUGUGGUAGCUGGCCGAACAUAAUGACCAGAACUCCAGCGGACUACGUAACGAGAAAACUCUAGUCCAAAAGUUUUAAAAGGAAAUGUUCAAAUAUUUUGCAAAGAAGAGAACCAGGGACCAGUGAUUUUCCUAUUGUUACUGUGGUACAGAGGAGAUGGACACUGUAAAACAGAAGAGAAGUGCAUACACAGAGUGUUAAUACUAAAAUAAUAACAGAGAACAUUAGUGGACUCUUGAACCAUCCUGAUGAGUUUUGCUGAUUGUUGCGUUUAGUUAUACUGAGAAACAUGCCUAAAAUCACUCACAAUUGAUUUCCUCAGCACAAUGAAGAAGAAUUAAAACAGCACUUUUGGUUACACUUUUGUUUUCAGCACUUAGCCAUCAUUUUCUUGGCUAAGAAAUCUUUGCUACUCAUGUCAUGCCUAUUUUCUUUGCACAAGGACACAUCUAGUGCCAAGGUGGUAUGACUGCAAAGUGGGACUUAUGACACCGGUUUGUCUGUAUGGAUGUGACUGCUGCUAAUUUUGUCACCAUCACAUCCUUUGACUUUUACAUUGAAAUUUCAUUUUGCCCCUGUUUCUUUCCAGUAAGAACCUGUAAGAAUUCAAUCUGUUGCUGCUAAAAAAAACUCUUACUCUUAAGCAAUUGCUUACUAAAACAAAAUGCAGAACUUUUCCAACAGUCCUGCCACACUGCCUCCAGGAUUUCCUAGCAGAGGUGGGAACUUGGUUGGUUCCCCAUAUCCACCCCAUAUAUCAGAUGCUCAGAUAUCUCCAAGGACUAUUGAAGAUUAUGCUGCCAUGCAGCAAUCGCAAACUGUCCUCCAAAGUCAUGGACAGCACCCACACCUACGUGGGCAGCAGCACCUGGGACCAACAUCACUUAUCCAUGGUUAUGGAUCCAGGAGAGGUGUUGGAGAGAUACCACAGGCUACUGGAAGCAGUAGCAACUCUUACCGAAAGGAAAGUAUGGAUUAUUAUUUUUCGGUGAGUGGCCGAGACAGGAACAGAAGAGGAGGAGGAAGUUUUGGAACAGGGUUUGGAUACUCAAACAUGGAAUAUCAGUACAGACAUGUUUCUACAUCCGGGCCAUCCCCUGGCAUGCUGUCUCCUUACCCAAUGGACUACAGCACUAGUGCUUCUUCUGCUGGUGGCAGUGCUACUAGUAAUAGCAGUGGUAGUGGUUCGUUUUCACCCACUCAGCAGUUUAAUAUGGCCCAGAAUUCAUCAAUGCAGCCAGUUUCAGGUGCUGAAAUGCACCAGCGACAACAUAGCCAAAAAUACCCUUCACAUCAGGGCUUACAACAAGGUCAUCGUACCUAUCCUCUCUCUGGGCACAGAAUGUCUCACUUUGUGCACUACCCUCCUCUUAAUGUACCCACAGCAUCAGUAGGAAUGUACAACUCUCCACCACAAAGGUAUGAGAUGAGCAGUGGAAACAUGGACUCCAAAAUCAACUCACCCACUCACUCCAAUCCAAACACUACUCCAGGUUCUGCAGCCUUAAACAACUCUAGGCACCAAGAGAAUGCAGGACAGAACUACCCCACUUCCAGCCAUCCACCAUAUUCACCUCAGUCUCAUCCUGUUCCGAAACAUGCCUCUCGUCGCACUCCUCAGCAUAAUCUUGGAGCAGCCUUUGAUACCCCAUUGAAGAUGCAGCAUGCACCUCCUGGCCUUGCACACACUAAAAACCAUCAGUCGUCUGUAUCUUUAAGUCCUGCUGCACCACACCAUCCCUCUCAGGACAUUUCCAAAUCUCCCAUGCAGUCCCAAAACCAGCAGACACAACUGAACCAAAAUUUCAGCCCAAUUUCUAAUCCAUCUCCUGUUCCAUCUGCUGUGCACUCUCCAAGCUGCAGCUCCUCCUCCUCCCCACUGAUGGGUGUUUCAGAAGGUUUGGGCAGUUCGGCAUCAUUGCACUCUUCACUUUUAAAUCCCCGCAGUACUCAAAGCCAUAUUAGGGCCCAACAUACCAUGCAACAGCUUAGCCCAACUCCUAGUUCUAAUAGUAGUAUUAGUAGUUGUGGUAGUGUAAUGAGCUCUGCUGUUAAUCAAAAUCGUACGGGAGUGGGACUGCAGGGUGGACAACGGGAAGAAACCUCAUCUCUGUACCCACAGGACAAGCUCUCACAAGACCCUGGACUGAAUAGUCUAAAUGCCCUUACAUCCCAAGUGGCUAAUUUGCCCAACACAGUACAAAAUACAAUGUUAACAGACACUGUGCUCUCUCAGAAGAAAAGAAAAGAUAGUACACAUCAGACUCACUUGCACCAGACAGUUAACAAUCAGCAGAAACAUAGAAAUGCUAAUGCUGCUGGUCUAAGCACAGCAACCGAAGAACGUGGAGAUGUUUUAGCAUCUGAACCAGAGGAGAAAAGUAAGAACAAUGAUCAUUCAGAACAUGACAAUUUAAGAAAACCAGAUGCAUUUAGCAAUAAUUCUAAACCUGAUAAAUACUACUCAUCAACGCUGAAUCAGACUCAAUCUCAAACAGGACAAUUUUGUCCUGGUCGACAUCUACAAAUGGAUGACCGAAUCACAGAGGGGAAAGUCAAACAGUCAUUUAGUCAGGGUGCAAAAUCUUUUUCACAGAUUAAGGCACCAGAAUCUCUAACUCAGCCAUCCUCUUCUCCACCCCGUGUUCCUCCAGAACCAAGCCCAAAUGCAUCUUCUUGUGCACCUGCUCCAUCUGCCUCAUCGUCCGCUGCAUCUUCUCCUACUCAUUCUGUACAGUCAAAUUGUGUAAUUGAACACGAUCUUAGUCACACUGAUGAAAAAACUGGUCUGAAGGAGAAAAAGACUUUAGAUGUUAAAGAUGAAAAAAACACAGUUAAACAUGAAGAGCCUUCUCAUCAAGAACUGGAUAAUGGAAAAAUUACUCAGACCUUGGCCAGUGUAAAGGUGGAACAAUCAUGCCCAGCUGAACAAAAUGAGAAUGAGAAGGAUGUCAAGAAAAACAGCUCGCAGCAUUUUCGCAGUAGGACUUGCACUCCAGAGCAGUCAAAUGCUGUAGUUGGUGUUAUUGUUUCUGCACGUUCUGAACAAAGUCCUGAGAGACUUAAGCAAACAGAGGUCAAAUCUCACCAUGGCACUUUAUCGGAUAUGGGGAAUCUCAGCUAUCCUGAGGAGAAACAUUCCAUAAACAUGUUUAAGGAUUCUGGAAGUCAUAAUGGAGAUGGGGAAAUUUGUAUGGAAACAUACACAGGACACUAUGAUGUUUCCCCUAAGACUGAGAUUGGGCAAAACAUGUCCUCAAAUCAUUGUCAAUCUGGUUCUUACAAAUAUUGCAAUCCUGAAAUGCCAUAUAAUGCUUGCAUGGGUGCAAAGAUCAAAGCACGGGCUGGACCAGGGAGUGGAAUAGGUGCAAACAGAUAUCAUGACUACCAUCCGACACAAUCUAACUUUGGUUAUGUGUCUAGAAAGGAUGUUGGUGUACUAGGAGUUAUGGGAAAAAGUGGUGUAGGGUUGAGAGGUCAGGAUAGUAAUUCACAGUUGCAGCAACCGUAUCCCAGUCUUUUACAAGAAGUCCUCCAAGGUUAUCAUUUAGAUCGGCGUUAUUGCCGCCCUGAACAAACAUCUGGUAGUCGUCAUCAACCUCAAAAUAUGUCCCAGCAUCAUUACCAGACUAGACUACCAUACCGUAUGACAGAGAACAUGAGGCCUCAUGGAAUGGACCAGUCAGCAAUGGGUGGUGCCAGUAUUAAUCAACAAAUGGCUUCAGGAAAGCAUCAUUCUCAAAAUCAGGGACCAGAGCUUGAGAUGGGCCUUGGUCUUCUGCAUCCCUCUUGGGAUCCUGAAACACAAAGGUCUAAGGGAGAUCAAGAGAAGGGCACAAUGACUAUGUCUCCUAGCCAUUCCACCCAUUUACAGCAGUCUUCUGAUCUUUCUACAGCAGCUACUCCUAAGCACAUUAAUUUGGCAGACUAUUCCUUGCCCCAAAGAAAAACCCCAAGCCUGGCUGCUCCACCUUCUACUGUCCAGGAGUUGCUUUUGCAAGAAUCUAACCAAGAAUUAUCUCAUCAUGCAGAAUCCCUAAAUCAGACGCAGUCUCAGAUGUCCUUAUCCUCAGAAAGGCGCUCAGUAAUCUGUGAUGUAUCUCCAUCACGACGAACUGCAUCAGAGAAAGAAAGAAGUCAAUGUGGGACACCUGGAUCCUCAGUCAUUCAGCACCCACUCUCAAUAGCUAUAUUAAGUGAACAAGGGUGCACUAAGGAGGAUGUAAAAGAUAAAGAGCUUGAAUUGGUAAAAGUUUCUAAGAUAAACCCGAAAGAACUUGGAAAACAACUUGGAGAUGGACACAGUGCAAUUUUACCUAAGGAAGAGUCCCCGCAUGCACCUAUAGAAGUUAAUUCUGACAUGCAUAGACAGAGUGGUGGAAAAGGGAUUAUUGAACCCUCCAGCAAUGCUUUAUACCAUUCUAAAAUUUCCUCUACUCCCCUUUCAUCACCACCCAGAUGCAAACCUUAUAGCCAGACUGUUGAUGGAUCUGCAGCUUUCACUACUUAUGGUUUUAGUGAUACAGCAGAUGGACCCAAAAUGAAUGCUCAUCAUCCUACUCCCAAUUCAUUCCAUUCAUUAUCUCCAAGUCACAUCCCACCUUCAGUUAACAAGUUGCAAGCAUAUUCUCCCCAUGUCCCUCUUCAGCACACACAUGGUAUCCAUGAUCGAUUUGACUGGUCAACAAGCAGUAACAGACACAAAGAUUUUUCUAUUCUUCAAAACUCAAACCAAAAUCAAGACCAGAAGCUGUCAAGACAGCACUCUUACCCUGGCUCUCACUAUGAUAUGAAAAUGUGGGAAUCCUAUGCUGAAAGAGAAGCAACUGGAAACCAGCAGCUACACCCUUUGACUCCUUCACACAAGUCGGUUGGCUCUGUACCAACCAGUGGUCCCAAGCCCUUGGAGGCAGAUGUUUCUCGAGUGGUUACAGAAGAUUCAGCAAAGUCAUUCCAUCCACCUGUAGGUGCUGGUUCAGGCACCAGUAUUAUUACCCCAGUUGUUCCCCAAGGAAAUCGACAGAGCAAAAUUGGGGGGUCAGCUGAAACUAACCCAUUAAUGAUGAGAAGGAGAGUUCGUUCUUUCAUUUCACCAAUUCCUGCCAAGAGGCAGCAUCAGGAUUUUUCUGGCAACAGGGGUGUGUCAUCUCAUCACUCUCCUGUAGCUCAUUCUGAAUCUCGACAACUAAAUGACAGUGAUUCAAGCGGUGUAGACUCUCGUUCUAAAUUAGCUUCUCCCAACACACCAUUUCAAACUCCAAGUGCUAACUCACCGCCACAGGCAAAAACAAAGUUUCUGCCACCAAGAAAGGGACGGGGAUUAAAACUGGAAGCAAUAGUUCAAAAAAUCACUCCAAAUAAAAAGGCUAGUUACAGUAAUAGCCACUCAGAUGCUGAUUAUUCAGAUGCAUCCCGUUAUAGUUCUGAUAUACCUGACACAGAAUCACCCUUCUCUAAUGCACCUCACAGAGAAAGCAGUUGUCUACCUUUCCUUGAUGAAGCUAACUCGCUAGAUGAUAUUUUGCCCUACAGAGCAGAAGAUGCAUAUUCUUGUGAUUCUCAAGCUCUCAAGCAGGGUGUUACUGGUUCUACUGGUACUACUCUGAGAAAUUUGCCAGCAGACUUUAACUUUGGGUUAGGCACUGCUGUAUCUUCAGGGCCUGGGAAUGAUGAAGGUGAUAAGGAUGAGUUUACACUAUUAGGACCCCUUCCUCCACCACCUCCAUUGCCUCGUCCUGUGCAAGGUUCCCCUCCUCCAUCCUCGUCUGCAUUGUCUGAUAUACAACAAUUCACUAACACCUACCAGCAGCUAGAGACAAGAAGAGGAGAGCAGUCUGCUGCUAACUUGCUGAGGCAGAAACUUCAGGAGACUGGAAUGGGUUUUGAUGAUUAUCCUGGAGGGGAUUUUUAUGGAGCAACCCCACCCCAUGGCCAAAGUCCAGGCCACCACUUACUCUCUAGACCUCAACAGAUUGAGUUAGCCUCACCAAGAAUGACUGUAUCAGAUUCCAAACUACAAGAGAGCUUUGUUCCCAAAGGCUACUUCCCUUCAGGCAAAAAGAAGGGACGACCAGUAGGAAGUGUAAAUAAACAGAAACGUGUACAAGUUCAAGUACAGAGUGCAACUUGCAAUGUCAUGUCGGCUCCUCAUACGCCUCCUUCUGGUCCUCUUUCUGCUACUCCGCAGCCUGCGUCAAAUUCUAUCUUUGCAGGAGAUGCAGUCAUAACAUCAAACUUACCUGAAGAGAAACCUUGUCCCUCUCUGGAUCUUGCUGAACAGGGACAAACAGUAAAGGUAGAGGAUGAAGUUGAGGAAAUCCAGCCUGAGGUGGAUAUGAAACCGAUAAAACACAGGCAGAGAAAGGGAAAAGAGGGGAAUGAAGCAACGGUCUCAAAAAGCAGACAGUGGAGGAAAAGUAAAGAAAUUACCUCUAAAGAAGAGCAGGAUCCUCAGACUGUUGGUGUGGGAAAUGCAGGGACUUUGCAAGACACUAGGAAAAACGUUUUCUCUCCGUAUGUACAUGUUGAAAGGAAGAUAACUGAAAUUGGAGCAGUCUGUACGAUUGUCAAUUCUGAAGAUGAGAAAUCGAAAGGAGGAGGAAAAAAUUGUGCUUCUGCAGUUGAUGGCAACUCAAAUGUUUCUCUGAUCGCUCAGAUGGGCAGAAAAGAGAGGGAAAUUGAGAGGGUGCAGGAAAAAGGGAUUGAUGAGCCAAAUGAUUCUGUCAUACAGUCAGGAAAGUCCCUUCCCACAUCUGGAUAUGUCCUCCCAGGCCCUGUGAUGUCUGAGAUUGGGCACACUGGUCGUUUGUUGUGUUGCCUUUGCCAGAAAUGGGCAAAUUAUAAGAAUCUUGGAGAUCUCUAUGGUCCCUUUUACCCAGCUGACUAUGCUGCCAAAUUCCCAAAAAACCAACCCCAAAUCCGACAGAUCUUGUCAAAUGCUGGCGUGGCCAACGCAGGGUCUUCUGUAUCAACAGACUUAUCAAAUACAUCUUCUGUAUCAACAGACUUAACUGUCCCAGACAUUCAGUCUGUAUAUAUUCCAGACAUCAGUUCAGCAGACACUAGUUGUUCAGUAAGUCAAACUACAAACCCAGUGUCCCCUGCAGUAAGCGAAACUCUGACAUGUCUUAAUACCACCACCAAAGCAGCAGAGCAAAACUGGAAUUUGAUGCCAGAAGGGGCACUUAUUACAUUAGACCCACCUGAACUAGAGAAAGAGGUGUCCCAGAGAAGACAUCAGAAAGCAGAGGAAGUGCAGCAAAGACCACAGCAUAGAAAGCUGACUUCCCAUCCACGUUUCAAGAGAAGACACAAAUCUAGUGAGGACUUGCCACGCACGAUUCCAAUUAACAGCAAAGCUUCACUGCCUUUCCAGCCUCCACCACCCAGCCUUGAUUCGUUGGGACCUUUGGCUCAACUUGCUCAACUCCCAGUGGUGCCCUUAGAUCCAAAGGAGCUAUGGGUCCACGAGAGCUGCAUUGUUUGGACUAGUGGUGUUUACCUGGUCAAUGGGAGAUUGUAUGGCCUCCAGGAGGCGCUAGAUGGUGCCAGAGAAACAAACUGUUCUCAUUGUGAUAUGGCUGGUUCCACUCUGGGUUGCUAUAGUAAAGGCUGCACACUGAGGUAUCAUUAUCUGUGUGCUGUGGAAGCAGACUGCUGUCUAAAUGAAGACAAUUUCUCCUUGAGGUGUCCAAAGCACAAGUUUCCACAAAAUAGUAGACCAGCCAAACCUGCAGCUGCUCACCAGGAACAGUCAGAAAGAGGCUGAAGAUACAUUACAUACACAAUCAGCAAAUAUGGCGAGAGUAACGAGCGGAAUUAUUGAGACCAGCGGUUUUACAGACGUUAUUGAUUAUGGAUCAACUGACCGGAAUGUAAAAAUCAUAAACAUUCUCUAAAGAACACAAAGAAAAACUUUGACGGAAAGACGACAGGAAAAAAAAAAGUUUUGUUUAUAAUGUGCUUGUAUCACGGGGAAAAGUCUGAAAAAAAGAAAAAUCAACACUACAGUGGAAGGAAAGAUGAUGAAGCUGGACAAAAAACAUUUUUUUCAUAUCAUUUGAGCUUUAAUGCUGUUUAAAGCUCAUUACUUUGUUUUAUUUAGCAGUGUUUUUGGGAACAAGAAGCCGACAUGUAUUAUUAUUAUUAUUAUUAUUAUUAUUAUUAUUAUUAUUAUUAUUAUGCAACUAAUUAUUUUACCCAUUUUAAUUUUAACGCAGUAUUUUACUCAUUUAUGCCUCUGUUACGGCGUCAUUCCUUCACACAGAUGAAAUCUUGUUGCCACGGAGACAUUGUUGCCGUGGAGAACGGACAUUUAUUGCCUUUGAAGGUGUGUUUGUCAGAGAGAGAGAGAGCAGCCGAUGAUGUGCCUGUGUUACAUUUUCAUCAAAACAAAUAGUACGUCUGGAAUCACAGCCAGAUCCCUACACAGUGCACUAAAAUUGUUUUGCACCAUUUUAUGUCUGAAUACAAAGUGGAGAAACUCUAGUGCACACAUGAAAUCCCACAAUGCAUUGCAGUAGGUUAUGGUACAAAUGAUGACUGCAGCAUACCCAGAAUGCCCUGCUGCGUAUGUAGGGAAUAGGGAGUUAAGGCACCAUUUCAGACACAAUGUGAAAUGUUAAUGUGUGUGUGUGUGUGUUAAAGAGAGAGAAAUUCUCUCUACCAUCAGACACAAAAUGUUUGUUGCCAUAGAGAUAAAGAUGAAAAGGUACAUUUCAUUUCCACCUGCUCAUUUUUUAUUCUUGUAAAAAUUGAAAUCAUGGGAAAAAAAAUGACUAUGAAACAUGUUGUACUACAAACCUGUUGAUAUGUAUAUGCUUCAUCAAUACAGGAAGUCCUGAACACUC